UUCCUCAUUCUUAAUGACUCGCCGACAGUCAGGCUGCUUACCGCCUGAGCACAGUUUAGUUGGCCCAAAACAACUUUAUUCAAGUUGUCGGUGAGCGAUUGACUUCAGUGACAAAGAGGUGAAUGAAGUUCAGGCUGAGGAAGGGUUCCGUGCACGGAGGAAACAACUGAGAUGACACCUUUGAUGUUUAAAGAUGCUUUCUGGGGGUCCAGCUUCACCUGUCACGCCGGGUACGACGCUGUAAUCCAAAGGUUGCGAGAUGGAAAGCAAAUGUGUAAAGAUGUGGAGGAGCUUUUAAAGAUGAGGACGCUCGCAGAGGAGAAGUAUGGGAAGGAACUGGUGACUAUUGCCCGCAAAGCGGGGGGACACACAGAGAUCAGCACCCUGAGAGCAACCUUUGACCUAUUGAAGACAGAAAUUGAGAACGUUGGUAACUUUCACAUCCAGCUGGCCGAUAUACUGAAAGAGGAGGUGAAAAAGAUUGAGACAUUCCGAGAACGGCAGAAAGAACACAGGAAGAAGUUCCAAAGCAUCAUGGAGAAGGUUCAGAAGAAAAAGGUUUCUUUGUACAAGAGGACGGUGGAAUCUAAGAAGAACUAUGAGGCGAGAUGCAGAGAGGCGGACGAGGCAGAACAGGGAGCCGAGAAGACAACUACUUCCUGCAAAAACUCAGAAAAGAUGCGUAACAGGGCUAAGCAAUGCAGACAGACAGCCAAUGAAGCAGAGAAGCUGUACAUUGCCAACAUUGAUCAGCUAGAGAGUGUUCGGCGGGACUGGAAGGAAACACACAAGAGCACAUGCGAGGUGUUCCAGCAAAUGGAGGGAGAUCGAAUCCGCAUGCUCAGGUGUUCUCUGUGGGACCACUGCAACCAUUUAUCCAUGCAGUGCGUCAAAGAUGAUGAGUUUAUGGAGGAGGUGAGGCAGCUGCUGGAAAAGUGUGACAUCACCACGGACAACAACCAUUUCAUAGGGAUGAAAGCCACAGGAUCGAAGCCUCCAGAGCCCUUAUUGUUUGAAAGCUACUACCAGGCGACAACAUCCCGGGACGGCAAUCCAAGCCAAGCUUAUGCUGUGGUCGGUGAAGAAGACGCUGUGAUGAGGUGCUCUGGUCCCCUUCUCGUAAGUCCUGGGAACAACGGCGUAGACGAUCUUCAAAACUCACAAUCGUCCAUGACUCCUUCUGGCGAGUUUGACAUUUCAGACGGCGGGUACGCGCCCCUACGAGGCCUCCAGUAUGCAGCCACGGUGUCAGCUGAUGGAGACAGCUACAUCGUGCUUUAUGAUUACACGGGCAGGGAAGCGGACGAGCUGUCUGUCAGUAUAGGCGAGGUGGUCCGAGUGUUGGAGCAAGGAGAAGAUGGCUGGUGGACAGCGGAGAGGGACGGGCUGACCGGACUGGUGCCAGGAAACUUUCUGGGAAAGAUGUGACCGACGCACCGGAGCUGAACAUUUGGAUGGAACGUUUUGAAACAGCUCACAAGUGACUUUGCUCAUUUCACAUUUACCUCACUGUCAACAACACAGUAAUCCAAACUGGGAUGGUUCCUCUUCUCUAUUCACCGCUUGCACUGACCAUUUGGGCAGCUAAGCUAAUUUUGCUCCUCUGCCGAUGCUGCAUUUUCUUACUGCUUUCAUGUUUGGUAUUUCCUCCCGAGAUAUCCCCUUCAUCUUCAUCUUUAAAACCCUAAUCUGCACCUGGUGGGUCGUGAGGUGUUUGAUGCAGUUGUUCCUCAAAAGGCAGACUUUCCAAUGUGUGCCGUAAAAGUUAAUUCACGUAGCGUCAGAUUGGCAUUAGAUGACUUGUUAUAGAGCGUAUUUAGCAAAGAUGGCCCGCAUAAUGAUGAGCAACAUCAGGUGAUGUUCUCUGCCUUGCUUCAUCCGUUAUUUUAAGAACUGCGUAAUUCUUCACCACGAAAACCACACGAGAUGAUCCAGUCGUGCACAGAAUCGAUGGCCGAGGAAAUGGUGGUAGACGGGUCAUCAGAUAGCUGAUUGAUUUGACAACAAACACCCCGUUUUGUAGAAAAUCAUUUGUAAUAUUUAGUGCUUAAAUGUUGGCUAAUAUUAUCGUUUAAUCAAUGAAUACAUAUUGUGUGAUUGAUAAUAAUAAAGCUUAUUUAUUUAAGAAAUACUAA